AUGACAAGCAAUCUUGGGAGCCAAAGUGUCCAGGCUAGGGAAGUAGUUGACAAAAGAAAGGAAGUCACCCAGGCUCAAGACAGUGUUGUCCAGCUUGAUCCCCUAGCCGAAACUGCUGAGACCAUAGAAACUGAUGAAGAGCUGCGAGAGGCCUUUGAGGCCGUGGAACAGGAGAAGGAGAAGGAGAAGGAGAUUUUGGAAGGAGAAAAAGAAAAGAAAAAAGAUGGAGAAGAAGAAGAAGAAAUUCCCACCAAAAUAAUAGCAAAGAGCAUUGAGCUGGCAAAGAAGCAGCAAGAGGCCCAAAGAACAGAGCCCACCAGUUCAGAAUUGGCUCUUUUUGAUGAUGUGGAGGCAGAACAUUCUGCUGCUAUUCCAGCAUCUGAGGAUCUGGAUGCUCAACUAGACAGGCUAGAGCAGCUCAGCUUUACUCCAGGCAAGGCCAAGUCUAAAGCAGUGGAUGAGGCAAUGGACAGAGUGAAAAUAUGGCAGUCAACGGAGUUGGAUUUGGAUGAAAAUAAAGAGGCCAUAGAUAAGCUGAUGCAGGAUCUAGACCUACUGCAUGGGCAGAAUGUGGCUCCCAGGCCCAUUCUUGAGAUUAGCCUUAGCUUGGUAAGAGACGUGCUAAAUCUCCACAAUCGCUAUGAAGAUCUCCAGCCCUUGUUCAAAACUUCUGAAUUCUGCAAAGCUACUCAUGAAGCUGACCUUGCUGACUAUCAGAAAUAG